UUCCAGAGUUAUGUCCCCAACAAAGAUGGCUGCGCCCAUGAACGAUGUUGACUUUCAGCUUUUCCUGUAACCCCGAAAAGUCAUGUUAUUAUGAAAUAGCGAAAAGUUUAAAAUACUACUGCUGAGUGAAGUGGAUAACUAAAAUGCCUUUUUCUGAUUAUAUCUCCACGCUUGGGGACAACCCAUAUUUUGGGGCUGGGGCAGGCCUCUUUGGAGUUGGAGUUUUGGCUGCUGUUGCCCGCAGAGGGCUCCAAGGUGCUACCAUUGUUUUCCGACGGCAGUUUAUGGUCACUAUGGAGGUAACAAGCAGAGACAAGAGCUAUCAGUGGUUGUUACAGUGGAUCAGCAAAUACGGUACCAAAACUCAGCAUCUCAGUGUAGAAACAGAGUUCCAGCAAACAGCAGCAGGGCAGGUGAAGACAAGGUUUCAUUUUGUGCCCAGUCCAGGGAACCACUAUUUCUGGUAUAAGAACUAUCCAAUAUUUGUGGAAAGAAACAGAGACAACAAAAUGGUUGAAGUGUUUGAGACCGUGACUCUAACAUCUUUGGGAAGGAACAGAGAAUUGUUCAUGAACAUUUUGGAAGAGGCACGGACACUUGCUCUUCUGAGCACUGAAGGUCAGACUGUGAUGUAUAGUGCUGUUGGUCCAGAGUGGCGACCAAUGGGUUACCCAAGAAGGAAAAGGCCUCUUAAUUCUGUGGUCUUGGAUUGUGGAAUUUCAGAAAAGAUUCGGGAUGAUAUUCAAGAAUUUAUCAACAACCCCAAAUGGUACAUGGAUCGAGGAAUUCCGUAUAGAAGAGGGUACCUGCUGUACGGCCCUCCAGGUUGUGGAAAGAGUAGCUACAUUAUGGCCCUGGCAGGCGCCAUUGACUACAGCAUCUGUGUCCUCAAUUUGAGUGACAAGGCCAUGUCUGAUGACCGCUUGAGCUAUCUGCUGACCAAUGCCCCUGAACAGAGCAUCAUCUUAUUGGAGGAUGUGGAUGCGGCUUUUGUCAGUCGUGACCUGUCUUCUGAAAAUCCAGUGGCAUAUCAAGGGAUGGGCAGACUGACUCUGUCUGGCCUUCUCAACGCUCUGGAUGGAGUUGCCUCCACAGAAGCCAGGAUUCUGUUUAUGACCACAAACUACAUUGACAGACUGGACAAGGCCCUGAUUCGACCGGGUCGAGUGGACGUGAAGGAGCUCAUUGACUACACCAGUCACUUUCAGCAAGAACAAAUGUUCCGCAGGUUCUAUCCGGAGGAGCCCGAGUCGAAAGCGGGGGAAUUUGCAGACAGAAUCGCUGCUUUGAAGUGUCCUGUGUCUGCUGCCCAAGUCCAAGGAUUUUUUAUGCUGCAUAAAUCAGACCCUGAUUCUGUGCUUGUUCAUGCUGAGAGUAUAGCAGACUUGUGAUGGCAUAAUUAUAACUAAAUGAAAAGAUACAACAA